ACACUGGAUACAAAACCAAGAGGAGAUCAUGAAGUAAUGUUUUAAUUAUUGAAACUAUAGUUGAAAUCAUGGCUACAUCAACAAAUCUGGAUAUUGGAGCCCAGCUGAUAGUGGAAGAGUGUCCCAGCAGUUACAGUCUAACUGGCAUGCCCGACAUUAAAAUAGAACACCCACUGGCCUCAAAUUCAGAAGAAGGAUCAGCCCAGGGUGUUGCCAUGGGGAUGAAAUUCAUAUUUCCUAACCAAUUUUAUAUGAACGUGUGUUCUCGAUUUGUGAAGUCCUUAAAUGAAGAGGACAGCAAAAACAUUCAAGAUCAAGUUAACUCUGAUCUGGAGGUGGCAUCUGUCCUAUUUAAAGCUGAGUGCAACAUCCAUACAUCUCCAUCUCCAGGAAUUCAAGUAAGGCAUGUCUACACUCCCUCUACAACAAAGCAUUUCUCGCCCAUAAAGCAGUCAACAACUUUAACCAACAAACACAGAGGAAAUGAGGUCUCUACCACACCUCUGUUAGCAAAUUCCUUGUCUGUCCACCAGUUGGCUGCGCAGGGUGAGAUGCUCUAUCUGGCUACUCGUAUUGAACAAGAAAAUGUUAUCAAUCACACGGAUGAAGAAGGAUUUACUCCUCUGAUGUGGGCUGCAGCACACGGGCAAAUAGCUGUGGUAGAAUUUCUACUUCAGAAUGGUGCUGAUCCCCAACUUUUAGGAAAAGGUCGAGAAAGUGCACUGUCAUUGGCCUGUAGUAAAGGCUAUACAGAUAUUGUGAAAAUGCUGCUUGACUGUGGAGUUGAUGUUAAUGAAUAUGAUUGGAAUGGAGGGACACCUUUGCUUUAUGCUGUGCAUGGAAAUCAUGUGAAAUGUGUAAAAAUGCUUUUAGAAAAUGGAGCUGACCAAACAGUUGAAACUGACUCUGGAUAUAAUUCCAUGGAUUUAGCUGUAGCCCUAGGCUAUAGAAGUGUUCAACAGGUUAUUGAGUCACAUUUAUUGAAGCUGCUUCAAAAUAUCAAAGAGUAGACAUAAUUGUCAGAAAAUGUUGUCUGCCCUUUUGUUUACCUUUUGGCCUUGAUAAAUGAUAGUUUUGUUUACUUAUAAAUUUUUACCUCAGUUGCAAUAUUUACUGAUUUUUAGUACAUUUUAAUAAAUAUUCCUCUGAGUAAUUCACUGGUUUUUAAUAAAAUUAAUGAUGCUCUUUUAUAAAUAUGUUUUACUGCAUAUUUUAAAUUAUAAAUUAAUGUUUGUGGCAUGUAAAUUUUUAUGGUACAGAUAGUUAUCAGUCUUUGUAUCAAGUACUAUAAUUUGAUAUUUUCAGAAAUUAUUCCACCCUAUUCAUCUUUACUCUUGUAUUAAGUCAUUGACUUUAUAUAGAGGUUGCUAUAAAUCCAUAGAAGAUAAAUUUUGUUAUUGUUAAAGUAAAAAAUGCACAGUGUGAUUGUUUACAAAAUGCUGUUAUAAAUAAAGUACUUUUUCUGUCA